UCAGUAUAAAUACAAACGAACGUAACUUCAUAAUCUUCAAGACAAAUACUUGAUAACUUAUUUUGUUUGUUUUAAAAGCCUCCAAUCUAUUUUUUUGUUGGUAAUCACCUCCAACAUUUCUCAAAACCUAAGGUUUAUACUUUACUAAUGGCUAAAAUCGGGAAGCUAACAAGGCUCAAGUCGAUCAUAAAGAAAUGGCCUUCAUUCGCCAAGAACCACCACUCAACCACCGAAUCCACCUCCUCGGCGGCCACCACCAAGGUCUCAAACUGCGACGAUCUUCAACUGGUCUACGUUGGGAAGUCUCGGAGACCUUACAUGCUUAGUUCCCACGUCAUCAACCAUCCGCUUGUCCAAGAACUACUUGAUCGAUCAUCGAGAUUCAUCGAAGAACGCCAUGAUCAGAAAACAGUCGUAGUAGCUUGUGAAGUCGUAAUGUUCGAGCACUUAUUAUGGAUUCUCGGAGACAGUUGCUCCGAUCACGACGAUGAUGAUGAUGGUCGCAAAAUAGGAUCCGUCCAG